UUUUCCUUUGGCUUAAACGGUUUCUGUUGCGACGAAACGUUUUGAAACAGAAACAGCGCAAUUAAUGAAUCCCUGAUGUUGCAGUUUAUUGAGAAGGGGCAAUAGUCCAGAGAGUUUAUAUUCGGUAUUAUCUGUGUCGCUUUUAUUAGAAAAUUAAUUAAAACAUAGGCCUACAUCCUUCGUUAUUCGAAUAACCUACACUGACUGAGUCAGUUCAACCUUCACCGGCUCUGUGGACUUCGAACUCCCAUUACACCUGUCUUCACAACAAGGAAGUAUUGAAUCCUUCGUUCGUACCUUUUGAAAGGAAGCCAUUUCUCAGCAAGCUCACUGGUAAUGGUAUUUGAUAACAUCAGCUAAAUCAUCUUUAUUUCUAUUAAUUAUUCCAUUCCAAAUGUAUUUUUGAGAAAGGGCACGAUUUAUACCUGCCCGUUCUAUUUGAAGUUUAUUUCGCUCAAAGUGGAUACUCCAGUAACGUUAGGUCAACGCCAUCGAGUCUACAGACAGCUAAGAUGAACAGCACCUCAGAGGAGAUGGCGAUGGACUCGGAGGUCCCCCAAAAUGAGUCUCUCAUACGUUUCGCGUCCCCAAUUCUUAACAAGUCAGACAUAUCCAACAUGACAAUAAUUCAAACAGGGAAUGGGACUAUUGUGGCACACGAUAUCUUCUUGAAUACGACUGCUGCUCAAGCUCUGUCGGGGAUCUUUGUCUGGUCAGCACUGCUCCUCACUUGCCAUCAGAUCUACACACACCUGAGGUCCUACACGGUCCCUAACGAGCAGCGCUACAUCAUUCGCAUUCUUUUCAUCGUGCCAAUCUAUGCGUUCGACUCCUGGCUCAGCCUGCUCUUCAUCAGCAACGACCAGUACUAUGUCUACUUUGACUCCGUCCGAGACUGUUAUGAAGCAUUUGUGAUUUACAACUUCCUGAGCCUGUCCUUUGAGUACCUCGGGGGAGAGAGUGCCAUCAUGUCUGAGAUCCGAGGGAAGUCCAUUGAGUCGAGCUGUAUGUAUGGUACCUGCUGCUUAGGUGGAAUAAGCUACUCUAUUGGCUUUUUAAGAUUCUGUAAACAGGCCACUCUUCAGUUCUGUGUCGUCAAACCCAUCAUGGCCGUCAUCACCAUCCUCCUGCAGGCCUUUGGCAAAUAUCAUGAUGGAGACUUUAAUGUGAAUGGAGGAUACCUCUACAUCACCAUCAUCUACAACAUCUCUGUCAGCCUGGCCCUGUACGCUCUCUUCCUCUUCUUCUUUGCUACCAGUGACCUGCUGAGGCCUUAUGAACCCGUGCUCAAAUUCCUCACCAUCAAAUCUGUCAUCUUCCUGUCCUUCUGGCAGGGUAUGUUGCUGGCCAUCCUGGAGCGCUGUGGGGUCAUCCCUAAUGCCCUGUUUAUCGACGGCCAGGAGGUGGGGGCCGGCACAGUGGCAGCAGGCUGGCAGAACUUCAUCACCUGCAUCGAGAUGUUCUUCGCUGCUAUCGCCCUGCGCUACGCCUUCACCUGCACCGUGUACCAGGAGAAGAAGAACGAUCUACCAGGGACACACGACAACAUCGCCCCCAUGCAGAGCAUCUCCAGUGGUCUGAAGGAGACGAUGAACCCUGGGGACAUGGUCCAGGAUGCCAUCCACAACUUCUCCCCAGCCUACCAGCAGUACACCCAGCAGUCCACCCAGGAGGUGGUACAGCCCAGCCAGAACAACGGCAAGGCAGGCACAGGCGGCAGCAACAAGAGCUCCAAGAAAUCUGACAAAGUCCUGCUGAUUAUCUCUGAUGACGAAUUCUAAGGAGUCGCCCACCACCACGGGUAUCCAUGUCUUUGUUUCCUCACCACACCCAGGACAACACUGGCACAGCAUAUCCCACUGUCAAACCUGGCAUCCGUCUGUGUGGUUUAUUUUCAUCUUCUUUCAUUUCAUUUCUUAAGAUGAACUCUUUACUCUCUUUAUUCUUGCAGGAAAGAUCAAGAAGGGAACUGAAAUGAAGAUUUUAAUAACCUUAUGAGAUGCCUUUUGUUUCUGCCUUGCUAGUCAUGAUACUAUGGGGAAAAUAGCCUGUCUGCUGAGCCGUUUCAGACAUGGCAGGUAGUGAUGCAAUUUUUAUUUUGGUCUUUUCCCUGAUCCUGGUUCGGUCUCUAUCGUAGCAGUGACUGAGCUCUUCUCUGGCCGCUGAAGUAUGUACUCCACUCUCUCUGAUUCAUGGGAGUUUCAAAUAGGAGCUGAUUAAUGUACGACUUCAGGAGGGAACCCAGGAAUCGUGCCCGUCAUGGCUGGCUCUGACACUUCAAGGACCAUCUCUUGCAUUUGCGUGUUUGAAGUAUUUGCUCAGCAGUCCUCUGUUGAGUCUCCUGACGAACUGAAUUAUUUUUUCAAAGACACAACUGACUUUGGAGCAGGAACUUCAAACUCUAGACUUUGGCGCUUUGAAAUCCUUUGUAUCUAACAUGCCACAGACAAAUUGGAGGAUAAGGCCGACUCCCACCAACUUGGAGGGUUGUGGUAUUCUCAUUAAUUUUCUCAGCAUGGAUUUCAGUGUAUAAUUCAGCAGAGCUCUACAAUGUUAACCCUAAAAAAAAAAACAUUUGCAGUAUUGUAAAUAGUUUGAGUAGAACCUUUAUAGUUUCUGAUGUUCGUAUUAUUGUUCCUUUCAAUUCACUGAAGAUAACAUUUGUACAGCAAUUGUUUGAUUGGUUUAAAUGUUAAAUUAUGCAGUGUACUUUGGUCUCAAUGUUUAAUUUUUAAGACAUGUUUGCUGUUAUGUUUACCUUAAUGACAAAGUUUGAUAAAUUGCUAUAUUGUAAAUAAGCUAUGUAGUAUUAACAAUGUGUUUUCAGUGAUUUCUGCAGAUCAGUUUGACAUUUAAGUUGGUUUCAUGUCAUUAGAAAAUAAAUAUUUUGUUUCUGUUUGUGGCAAAUUGUGAUAGAGGGACACCAUCUACCCUAUCAUUUUGAACUGUGUUUAAGUUAGGGAAAUUAUGUGCAAUGUAAUCACUUUUCCAUACCCCAUGUGCCAAUUAUUGCUGCCUUACUGGGAAAGCAGAAACAGAUGUAGAGUUGGAUAUAAAGUGAUCACUGAGAUGUAGUGUAACUAUGGUGUCUAUUACUGAAUUCUGGUUUAUUUGGUUGUCACAUUUUUGCACUCAGGUAAAAUAAACGAUUAAAGAGAUGUUCUGGGA